AUGCUACGCAAUAAUGUCAAUGGAUACCGUGUAUUCUGUUCUGCACGGAAGAAUAAGAACGUGAGUGCAUCUAUUCCGCUUGGGCUUGGUGUUGCCACCGGUGGUCUAGCUGGUGUCAUCUCAGGCCUAACAGGUGUUGGUGGCGGUAUAAUUCUGAUUCCGGUGAUGGCCAAUCUAACGUCACUGCCUCAACAGGUCAUUAAUGGCACAUCAUUGAGUGCUGUAGCAAUUGCUGCAUCAAUUGGUGCAUGGAAUUAUCUUGAAGCUGGAGCUUGUAAUGUGCCAUUGGCAUUAAUAACUACACUUCCAGCUAUUCUUGGUACAAAAUACGGUGUACGAACUGCCCAUCGACUCAGCAGCAAGAGAUUAUCAGUUGUUGUAGGCUCUGCAAUGCUCUUUUGUUCACCGCUAAUUUUCCUCAAGAAUAGCGCGUAUAUGCCCAAAUGGAGUGAUAAUCAAGACCCAGUGGACCUGCAGUUUUAUGUGCCGCAACAGAAGGAUCUCGUUACAGUGUGUGCAUCUCCAAGUAAAAUGCAUCAGUCAAUUGCAGCUACAUCAGCAACUGUAUCAGCUGAAUACAUGGAACGUGUAAAGACUGACUGGAAACACUUUGCUUUCGUCAAUGCAAAGUACGUGUUUGCUGGGGCAGCAGCAGGGUUUAUUUCGGGACUCUGUGGACUUGGAGGAGGAGUUCUCAUUACGUCAUAUUUGACUGCAGCAAGUGACAUGCCACAAGCCACAAUCAUUGGCACAUCGCUCUUAUCUGUGGUCCCCACCGCUGCAUCGUCAACGGUCUUUAAUCUUCGAGCCAAGUCCGUUCAUUUGCCGACUGCUGUACGCAUUGGUGGCUCACUGGGCAUUGCCGUCUAUGUCACUUCCAAGUACAUUACUCACGACGUCCCUGAAGAUAUUCUGCGCGGUGUGCUAGGCACUACACUUGGUGCCGCCGCCUUCGUCAUGAUGCGUCGUGCCAUUUAG